AUGAAGAUGUUUAUCAAAUCCAUAGAUGAAAGAGCAUGGCGCGCCAUCAUAACUGGUUGGACACCUCCCAUGGUCAAAGGAGAAGACAAAGAGGAAGUAUUCAAACCAGAAGCAGAUUGGAGUGAUGGAGAGAUACUACUCGCAAACUACAACUCAAGGGCCCUAAACGCAAUAUUUAGUGGUGUUGACGAUAAUCAAUUUAAACUAAUAGCGUCAUGUGAAUCUGCAAAGAGAGCUUGGGAAAUUCUUCAAGUCACAUACGAAGGAACGUCAACUGUAAGGACAUCCAAGUUACAGAUGCUGGCCACCAAAUUCGAAAAUUUGAAGAUGGAGGAGAAUGAGACGAUCACUGACUUCCAUGCUAAAUUAUGUGAUAUCUCCAAUGAAUCGUACGCACUCGGUGAACCUUACUCAGAAAGCAAAUUAGUGAGAAAAGCGAUGCGCUCAUUACCUGAAAGAUUUGCUUACCGAAUUGCUGCCAUUGAAGAAGUCAGAGAUGUUGACACGCUCAAACUAGACGAACUCAUGGGGAAACUUCUAGCACAAGAGCUUAAUCAUGGUGAAAAUCAUCGUGAAAAGCCUAGAGAAAAGAAGAUAGCCUUUCAAGCUGAAACAUCAUAUGCAACACCCCAAAAUUCGUCAACUCAAGAAGAUGAGCAAACAGUUGAAGAGACCUUGGCACUACUAUCGAAAAACUUUGGGAAAUUUCUCAAAAAAAUCGGAAAAAGGGGAAACCUUCCCAACACAGGGAAACCCGUGAACUUUCAAAAUUCUAGGAGAAAUUCAAAUCAAGAUAACUCAGAGGAGUCAAAACCGAGAAGAAUACAGUGUCGAGAAUGCGAAGGCUUUGGUCACAUUCAAUCAGAAUGCGCAAACACCCUGAAGAAAAAGAAAAGAAUGUCACUUACUACCGUUUGGAGUGAUGAAGAAGAAUCUGAUGAUGACCAAGGAAACAACGAUCAAGUCACUAACUUUGUAGCAUUCAGCAGCAAAGUUCCUCUGGACAGCUCAGAAUCAACUGUUGCAACAGACUGUGAAACAGAAUCCAGGUAUGAAAGUGUGUGUUCUGACUAUAACAAAAAUCUAAACGAAAAUUCUUUUUUUGCAGAGGAUCCUAACAGCAGCAGUGACGAUGAAGAACCAACCUUGGACGAAGUAAAGGAGGUAUAUGAAAAAAUGUACCAAAAAUGGCUCGACGUUGUUAAGGUAAAUAACUUCCUGGAAAAGGAGAAGCUUGUGCUUAUAGAGGAAAACAAGACACUAAAGGUAAGAAUCUCUACUCUAGAGGAGAGGGUCAUAUCUAGUGAUCAAGAGAAAAAUAUUUUGCAGGCUAAACUCACUCAAACCCAAGAAGCAAUUGCAAAAUUGAACAUGGGUAAAGGUUAUCUAGAUGAAAUCUUAAACAACAAUAAGCCAAACUAUAAUCGUCUAGGCAUAGGAGGAAGUCAGCUACCCAAAGUUGAUCUAAAGCAAAAGGAAGAUCAAAACAGAAAAAUCAACUUUGUUAAACAAGCUUCUGUCUCACAAACAGUUGCAACUGUUGAAGCAACGAAGCACCAUUCAAAGAAAAGAUUUAUUCCCACUUGUUUUUUCUGUCAAAAUCCAGGUCACAUACGUCCUAGAUGUUUCAAAUAUUUAAAACUUGUGAAAAAACUUGUGGCUCGUUCUCUGUACUCUGCUAGGGUUGGUUACUUUCCUUCACCUUCUCAAAAACCCAAAAAUAAAAUUGAUAUUUCAAAUAGGCCUCAGCAAAAAAUUUGGGUUGAAAAGUCCACGUUUAAAUGUUUAUCUGCCAUUACUUCUUGA